AUGUUCGUUGAAUUCCUUCUUUGCCUCCUCACAUGGUGUUACGUUCAUCGAUGCAAAGGUCUACAAAUCAGUAAAUAUAAAAAUCAAAGUUCCUUUUUAAACAAUUUGCAUGCAGCGAAUGUCGCACGUGGCUAUCAUGUCUACCAUUUGAAAAGGGAAACAUUCAGGGGCAGUGUCCCACUGCGCGUAGGAGGUGAGAGGCGGGGUCAGGCGCUGCUAGGUAGGCGCAGCGAGAGCGCCCGCCAUGGGCAUGAAGAGGAUGUAGAAGAAGGCGACGAAGAGGAUGUAGAAGAAGGCGACGAAGAGGAUGUAGAAGAAGGCGACGAAGAGGAUGCAGUAGAAGAUGACCAAACGGAUGACCAAACGGAGGACGAAGCGGACGACAUAACCCGCGAGGAGCGCCUUGCGGCGUACGAGAAACUCCUGAACGCGCAGGGAGACGAAGAGGACCGGAUGCUGUCCCCGAAAUAUAACAUGAACAUCUACAAUGUGCUGGAGAAGCACUACGAGCAGAAGGAAGAAAACAAAGUGAUCCUAACCAUCCAAAAUUUGAACUACGAAAUUAGUAGCAAGAAAAUUAUAACCAAUUUAAAUUUUCAGGUGCAUAAGUCGGAGUGUGUCGGACUUAUAGGAAACAAUGGUUGUGGAAAAACGUCGCUCCUAAACCUAAUUUUCGAUCAUUCAGAUAACAGCAACAAAAGUGUAAUAAUAAAUAACAAAAUGGCCAAGGAAGGGGUGAUAAAUUUUCCACUAACUGAGGAAAAUAUGCAUGCCAUGGUGAAGAAAAAUAAAUUUGACUUUCUGUACAAAAUUUUGCAUCACAUGAAAAUGAACUCUCUCGAGUUGUCCCAACUUUCAUCGAUUAUAAAAAAUAGAGAUGUCUCCUAUUUUGAGAAGAUCAAUAAAAAAAAAAGAGACAACAACAAUGAUCUUUUUUUUAAAAACGGAAUCUUUUAUUUCAAGCAGAAUAUUCACCUUCUGGAAAAAAACAAUUUGACGGUGUUUGAAAAGGUACUGAAUUUUUAUCAACCCGUUUUAGACAAAUAUGAGGUGUUAAAUUAUAUCGAAAGGGAGAUCAGUCGGUACAGAAAUUUGGACGCUGUUCAAAGGUAUGCUGUGGGGGAGGCUACCGAAAGGUCCAAUCAGUGUGCCACCGGGAGGGGUGGUGAGAAAUACCCUGCGGGAGGUAGCCCAAGUGGGAAAGAGGUCGAUCUAAGGAGAGGAAGCUACAUCACGAAAAAGCAUGUUAAUAUUGUCGAAUGCGUAGAAACGAAGCAGGGCGGAGAAACGAAACAGGGUGGAGAAACGAAACAGAGUGGAGAAACGAAACCUGGCGGAGAAACGAAACAGGGUGGAGAAACGAAACAGGGCGAAGAACCGACCAACGAGCAGGCGCAACUCUUCGCGCAGUCCAAACUCUUCCAAAUGGUGCUCAAACUGUACAUGCACGAAAAGGAAAAUGUGUUCAAAGAGAUAAACCAAGUAAAAAUGAAUUUCCAUAAAUACCUGAACAUUUUGAAUUUAAAAAAUUUACUACAUGUCAAACUGAGCAAUUUGAGCAACGGCUACAUUAUCCGAGUGUACCUCCUACUGCUUCUUCUGAGCAAUGCCAAACUUCUCCUAAUAGACGAAAUAAAUAACAAUCUCGACAUUUUUAACAUUUUCUUCAUUAUGAACAUUUUUCACUAUUCUCUCAAGUAUAAAGAAAUCGGCAUCGUUUUGGCUAGCCACGAUUUCUUCCUAGUAAGCAAAUUGUGCAAUCGAAUUUUAGAUUUCAACAAAAUUUAUGGACAUGACAUCGACUUUAACAACAUGGCAUUAUUAAAAAGGAUAAGCAGAAGUGGGCAUCAAUCUAUCCAUUCUGAUGUUGCACAGGAACUACAAAGAAAAAAUGAACAUAAUUCGAACAUUACCUUUUUUAAAGGAAAUUACACGCAAUACUUACACAGUAUGAAGAUACUCUUCGACAAUAGGAGGAAAAAAAAAGAAGAAUUAAAAAAAAUUAUGGACCAACUAAGUGCUGCCAUAAAUCAAUACAUGUACUAUAAUUUGAUAUAUAGCAGGAAGAGUGAGAAGGGGAUAGCCAAGGGGGUUCCUAGCGAGGGGGGGAUGCAGGAGGGAAGGGAAAAUCUCGGCCACAUGGGAAGUAACACUGCUGAGGGCAAUUCGAAUGGUGAACAGAUCGAGGAGAAAACCGCUCAGCAUACCGCUGGCAAUGCCGAUGAGCGAACCGCAAAACAGGAAGAAGGAGAUGAAGGCGUGGAAUCCUUCGUGUACAACAAAAUGAAGGACAUAGAAGGCAACAUGAACAAGAAUAUCCUCAUCGACAUGAGCAAAAAAAUAAAAACAACGAGCUGA